UCGACCGUGAAUAUCAAACAUAGCAAAUUGCACCAGAGGAAGAAAAAAAUCACAAAUAAAUAGUGUUAAAAAAAUUUUUUUUUGUUUGUAUGUUGUUAGUUUUUUCAAUCUGUUUGUGCUGUUCUUUUUGGUCGGAAAUUCUUAAUAGAAAAGAAAGAAAUUUCAUUCGAUAAUCGAACCGCAAAUCAUGAAAAACGUCACCAAAAUGUGAUAUUUGUGAAGAAAAAACGAUUGUGUUCAAGAAUAAUUGCGACCGUGGAAAGAAACAAACAUCAAUUUUGAUAGUGAAUUUUGAGUGGAGAAAAAAUUAAGGAAACUGAACGAAUUUGUGGAAAUUUGUGAUUUUUAUAUUUUUUACAGAAAAUGGAAAAUCGCAAAGAUAUUUACAACUUGUGGAUUCAAUAUACGACAAAAAAUGAUAAGAGCUGUUUUCGUCAGUUUGUCGCUGGAUUCGUUGAUAUAUGGACGGAGCAAUUGAAUUUAGAUUUUGAAGAGCCACCGCUCUGGAACGAGAUAAAAAAUGAUCUUGGGCCGCAUCUCAAGCGUUUGCCAGACGAAUUGCUGCCGGCAAUUGGAAAAUUUUUGAUCAUUGCCAAAGAUUCAUAUCAAAAUGAAGCACCGCUAAACGAUGACGAAUUGGCUGAAACAACACUAUUGUUAAAAUGUCUUACAAUGAUAUGCCGUCAUUUUGACAAUAUACAAACCGUUGCCAAUUAUCAAUACAUCAGCUGCGCUGUUACAAUAUCUAUGAAUAUCAUUAUAGUGUUAUUCAAGGACAAACGAAAACCCAAAGCACAGGAAGUAGAGUAUAUAAAAUCGUUUAGCCAAUUGAUUGAAGUAAUUUAUGACCCAUAUUUAACAUGGCGAAAUUUUCUACACGGUCAUUUUGCCGAUUAUCGACGCAUUUUAACCAGCAUCGUACAAUUGCACGUUGAAUUGGUGCCAUUUAUUUAUGACUGCUUUCAAUUUGAAACGAUCAUCCAUUUACCAGACAUCGGAGUUCCCUUAGUUCAUAUGUUAGGUGCAAUCAUAUCUGGCUCACAGAAUGAUCCAUGCACUAACGAAUCACAAGCCACAUCAUUGACCUGUUCAACAACAUCAUCCAUUUCUGCAAACGUUCCUACUUCUAGUAAUGUUGCAUCUAAUCAAAUUGGUGAAAGUAAACAGCAAACACUUGCCGCUUCAAAUGGAAUGCGAGCCGUGUGUCCAGCGACCGUGUCCGUUCUAAUAAAUAUUUUAUCAAAAUGGGAAUGCAACGCCGAACUUCGGUCGAUUGUAUUGAGAUGUUUUGCAAAAAUGGUCAUUGUUUUACAUCGUUCGAAUCCAGUUGAACGUCAAAUCGAUUUAUUGAUGGUAUUUCAAAUGUACUUGGAUGUGAUGUUAAUACUGUUAAAAACGCGACAGUUUGAGCGACGUCCAUUUGAAGAGAAAUUUGAUGUGGUCGCCGAAAACGAUGAUUACAUCGACUUAAAUGCAUUAACGGCCGUUGUUGACAAUAUUGAAUGCAUUUUAUCUGAAUCACAGAGUCGUCUUCCGAUUAGUGCUGUCAUUGUUGAAGCAAAUUAUAUCGCAACAUUGGCUGGCAUACCGAAACGUGUUCAAAAAUGGGAAUUCGAUCGUCAAAAGCUUGCAGCCAGUGUCAUCAAAGCGUUAGCUAUGCUUCGUCAAACCGCAUCAGUGACAGCGAAUGCUGCAAAUCUGACACCGCACAUUGUCACACUUUUCGAAGGUGUUAAAUCACUGGGCAAACCGACGAAAACUCUGAUUGAACAAUGCAUCGAAUUGGCAUACGAUUCGGAGAAAAAAGAAAUUAUUUUUGGAGAAAUUGUCACACAAUUAGUGAGCUGGAUUAAAGACAUGCAUGAUACUGAACAACUUUAUGUGGCCGAAUCGAUGCUCAAAAUUUGCGCGCAGAACAUCAGCUGUAAGCGAACUGUUUCAAAUCGUGAAUUUAUUCAAACCAUCUGCGAUGUUUUACGACAUUCCAAUGUAUUGAGCAGCAAAUGCGCCAUUGAUUUAAUAAAAUUGAUUGAGGAAUUGGCACGAUACAGCAUUAGUCCAAUCGAAUUGAAAAGUCUAUUUUAUUUAUUACGUGAAAAGGAAAACUUUGACUAUCGAAAACAAUUACUUCAGUCAUUGGCAAGCAUAUCACUUCAAAACAUUCCAAGCAAUCAAAAUAUCUGCAGUGAAUUUCUUGAUAUACAAUCUCGCGAUGACGGAAUCACCGUGCCAGACAUUUGCAAAUGGACGACGUCGAGCGCAUUUGGAUUCAUAUUCCACGCCUGGAUUCGUUUGGAUGAAGUAACCGAUUGGGAAAUAGAUCCAUAUAUCGAUAGUACACGAUAUCGUCGUGUGAUCUUCAGUUUAUUAACAGCCCAAGGGACUGGCUAUGAAAUUUUCAUCGACAAUAAUGGAAAGCUGAUUGUUGCCAUUGUAACGAAGAAAGAAUAUUUUGCGACGUCAGUGUCAUCACCGUCUCUCAUCGAUAAGAAAUGGCAUUUGAUAACGAUUGGCAUUCUUCCGCCAAAACGACCUUUUGCGUACACGCAAAUUUUGAGCUACAUCGAUGGACAUCAAAAGUUGGGGGCUACAAUCAAAUUCGGAGCAUUUACUGAUACAUUUUUACAUUGCACCAUUGGUAUGGCCUACCAAAAAGUUCGCCGAACACCAAAUCAUGAAAACGACAAAGAAAAACAACUGCAGUCCUCCUCGUCAGUUGACAGUGCAUCACGCGGAAUGUUUCCUAGCCUUAUGGAACGUGCAUUUCUACCGCAGAUCGUGUCACAGGUUCCGAGCUACUUUUCGCUACCGCUACGGAGUACAUCGUCAAAUGAUCCAAAUGUGAAAUGUUAUCCAAUGGGAAUGCAGGAUGGAAUAUUUGGUCCGCAGGCCUGUUUACGCGGUCAAAUCGGAUCAAUUCUUUUGGCUGAACCAACAACGAGCAUUAAGACUAUUUUAGAUGCGGGCGUAGAAUUUUCAUCGAUUGUUUCUCAAGAAAUCGAACCGUAUGAUUUGAACUCAAAAUACGUAUUUUGCUUUUCACCAUCGGCCUGUUACAGCGGCAUAUGCAUGGAUUUGGUGCCAGGUGGCAAAUUCAAUGGCCAUUUUACUGGCAAUCAUUGUAGAACGACUAAAAUUCAAGAUGCAAUCAAUAGCAUUGGCGGCAUUUGCACACUAUUGCCAAUUCUUGAAACGGUUGUAAAAUCAAAUCAAUUAAAUCUUGUAUUUGAUGCAUCGCUUGAUUCGAUGGCGCCCACCGCCGAAACACCCGGAUCACUGAGCGAUGAAAUGAUUGAUUGGGAAAUUUUAUCGUCAAAUACAUACACCGAAUACAAAAUGAUACAAAAUUCUGUCGGUUGUUUUUUGUGUUUGAUACGGUAUUUUAUAAGCAAUCACGAUUUAAAUCAAGAGCAAUUCAUGAAAUUUGAUUGCAUCGGUAUUAUUACAAAUCUAUUGAUAAAAUGCGAUCCAGAAUUGAUUGACGUAAAUGUUUUGAUGGCAUCACAUUUAUUGCUCGAAGCCGUUCAAAAUCAACAGCCAACACCGAAUAAGGAAUUGCUUGAAGCCAUUUACAAUGAACUUAUUUUCGAGUUUAAAAUUUGGUCUCGUGCUCCAUUCCAAGUUACCAUCGGACACAUUCAGUAUAUAAAUACAAUGAUUAAAGAUGAUCGAAAGUAUUUCAAGAAAAAAUUUGGCAUUCAAUUUUUCUUGGAUGUGAUUCGUCAACAUUAUGCAGUGCCUGAUCGGCUGGGCGAAGAAGACGCUCAAUGCGUUCGUGUUGCAUUGCUCGAAAUUAUCAAGUAUUACAUUCACAAAGAUUUGAACAUCAAAGAAGUGUGUAUCAUCAUAUCGUAUAUUGCGUCAGUGAAUCGGGAAUGUUUGAUCGUUGAACUUGUGGAUUUAAUUUGGACACAAAUGAAUAGCAGACAUUGUUUGGAUCAAGUGUUUUUAUUGAUGCACGAACCGAAUACGGCUGAACUAUGCUAUGCACUACUCACUGAUCGCAAGUACAGUAGCAGAUUACAUUUGACGAUUUUAAAAUUUCUGAAUUGUCUCUUGAGUACGAAACGUGUAUCAAAGAAGCACAAAUGGGCCAUACGCCUGCAUGAUCCAACAAUACAUUGUCAAACGUUGUUCCCUGGUCUAAUAUCACAUAUGCUUCCGCUCGAUCAUAACACUGACAUCAUACUUAUGAUGCUCGAUAUGGCAUUGGCCGACGAUUCCGGUGUUGGCUAUUGUGGCGCAUUGAAUUUAAUAUUCCAUUUGAGCGAAGCUGAUAUUGAUCUCAAAUUGGAAAUUGCCAAAAAAAUUGUAACGGUUGCAUUCAACAAAUUAAACUCAUCGAUUCACAUAGCAAAGCAAAUCGGAUGGCAAGACAGUAUUGCGCGUUUACUGGUUCGAAAGCAUAUUGCUACAAAUUUCACGGUUGAAGGUAAUUAUGUGAUUGGAAAAGAUGUACAAGACAAUGCAGACGAUGAGUCUGGCGUUGAGUUUGCAAUGGAUAUGCUAACCUUUGAUGAAAAAUCAAUGGAAUUGGGCAGCCAAAGUUCGAUGAACAAUUCGAAUUUAUUGCUGAAUGAAAUCCAAGCCAAUUUCACCGAAGCGGCCAAUGUAAUUGAGCAUGAAAUUAAAGAAAUGGCUGAGACUGUCAGCGGCAAAGUGGCAGGUAAUAUAUCAUCGGUAUAUUCGAUGAUUCGUCAAAAAACCUCAGACAUCCAAGAGACCUUUGAGUCGUUAACACAUGGUUCAAGUUUGAGCGAUAAACAAAAGAGUUUGGGUACAAUGUCAACUCUGUCCUCAAACUCAACGUCCGAUGAAAAUCUUUCAUUGAAAUCAACAAAAACCACAUCAGCCGAAACGAAAUCAAUGUCACGAGUCGAUUCCACCGAAUCCGAUUCACUUUGCGAUAAUUCAUCAAGUCACACGAAAAAUGAGAAAUCACGUGAUAUACUUACGGACGAAAACAUUGACAAAGAAGAGCAAUUGAUUUACCUGGUCACAAAUAUUUUGUAUACAGUCUUAUGGCAUGGCAUCGAAAAUAAUGGGGGUGAUUCAUGGAAAGAACGUGGCCAAGUGAUUGCCUGCAUUAAUUUGCUUGGUUUGAAUAAUGAAUUGUACUGUUCACAUUUAACACUGCGAUUGCGUAUAUUUGAAUUGGGUGUACAAGCAUCGCUGAUGGAUUUAUCAGAAGAUAAUACACAAAAUCACAUUCAUCAAGAGAAUGCAGCUCAAUUGCUUCGCAUGAUUUACGAUUUGGUUGUGCUCGAUCCAAAUGAAGACGAACAGAAGAAAUGCUCGCCAAAAUUGCUUGAUGGAGUAUUAGCAUUGAUGGAUACAUUGAUGAUUUUCCAACAAUCGGCUGUGGAUGAUUGGGUUGAAAUGUCAAGAAUUUGCUUGGGAUUAUUAAUGAAAUGUUCGCGUCAUCCGAAUCCGGAAAUCGUUGCGAUGGCAACGGCCAGACUUCAUACAGUUCUUCAAGUUCGAGCUACCGAAGAUUUGCAUGAGCUCGGUUAUCUUUUGUUCAGCAUUAAUAAAACAUUGAAUGCGGCUAUUGAAGUUGGAGAUUCAGAGGGCUAUUCAUUUUUGAUGCCAGUUUUGAAAGCAUUGCUUGAAAAAUCGCGCAUAAUUCUAAAUUUAACAGUGCGUGUACCUGAUCUACCACCAACAACAUCGGGACCAGUAUUUUUCAACGAUUUUCAAAUGUACAGCACCAGCAAACAAUGGACUACGUUCAUUGAAAAUAAGAUAAAACCAUUGCACGAUGCUUACGUGAAUGAAGUUUCAUCCACCAUAUGGGAGCAGUUGAAUCGUUUCUGGGCUGAAUCGUACGAAUCAUGCAAAGCAUCAUCACAAAUACGAGCCAAGAAUUUAAUGGAAAGUCGAAAAAAAUUCCAGCUGAAAAUCAUAAAACAAUGGCGACUACGACAGAAUGAUGAGGCCAGUAGGUUAAAUGGCAUUCAAUCGGCAAGAAAGAUACACGAAAAGCAAAUUGAACGCAAAUGGCGAAAUGCCAAGAAUUUUUUGAACAGUAAGAAAGGAGCCUUUUCCAAUGACAUUAAAAAGGAUGAAUUUUAUCAUUUGUCCAAACACGAGAAUCCAUCUCGAAUGCGUUUGAAGCUUGAGCCAUCGCUGUAUCAUGAUGCCCAUACAGCUGCAUCGAAUCUAAGAGACAAUACAGCCAGUCACAAUACUGAUGAACGUCGUUUAUCGCAUGAAUUUGGCUCUUCAAUUGUACCGGCUGCAGUGAAUGACAUUUUCACUGAAGACGAAGCCGCUUUACUCGAAGAAGAAAUGAAAGCGAGUGUCGAACCACAGCAGCAAGAAAUACCAGCCGAAAAAGUGGUUAUAUCACAGGAUUGUGAGUUGGUCACAUUGAUGACACGAGUCAAAGGCCGAUUAGAAGUAACAUCACGUUUAUUUUCAUUUAUCGAUUUGGAUCAAGCAAACGAGGAAGGCGAACAUUACGAUUUCAAAUUUCCGCUUAGUCAAAUAAAGGAGGUUCAUUUGCGCAAGUACAAUUUGCGACGCAGUGCGCUGGAAAUAUUUUUGGUUGAUCAAACGAGCUACUUUUUGAAUUUUACAACGAAAACGCGAAAUAAAAUCUUUUCGAAAAUCUUAAGUUUGCAACCACAAAAUCUGUUGUAUGGAUCGGGUCGUUCACCGUCUGAACUAUUAAAACAAUCGGGCCUCACACAAAAAUGGGUCAAUCGUGAAAUAACAAACUUUGAAUAUUUGAUGCAAUUAAAUACAAUCGCCGGGCGUUCAUACAAUGAUCUCAGUCAAUAUCCGGUAUUUCCAUGGAUUUUGGCUGAUUACAGUAGCCCAAUGUUGGAUUUAAAUGAUGAAAAAUCAUUUCGGGAUUUAAGCCGACCGAUCGGCGUUGUAAAUCCAAAAAAUGAAGACGAAGUGCGUGCCAAAUACGAUGGAUUUGAGGAUCCAACGGGCGUCAUACCAAAAUUCCAUUACGGAACACAUUAUUCCAAUUCGGCUGGUGUAUUACAUUAUCUAAUUCGCGUUGAACCGUUCACAUCGCUGCACAUCGAACUCCAAAGUGGUCGUUUCGAUGUGGCCGAUCGACAAUUCCAUUCAAUACCACAAACAUUCAAACUUCUCAUGGAUAAUCCAAAUGAUGUAAAAGAGCUUAUUCCGGAAUUUUUCUAUUUCCCUGAAUUUUUGAAGAAUUUAAACAAAUUUGAUUUGGGAACAUUACAAAAUACAAAAGAACGUGUUGAUGAUGUCAUUUUGCCACCGUGGGCCAAAUCACCGGAAGACUUCAUUUCAAUACAUCGACGUGCCCUUGAAUCCGAAUACGUUUCGCAAAAUUUACACAAUUGGAUCGAUUUGAUUUUUGGUUACAAGCAAAAAGGACCACGAGCGGUUGAAGCGUUGAAUGUUUUUUAUUAUUGUUCGUACGAAGGAGCUGUUGAUUUGGAUAAAAUAAGUAAUCAAAUGGAACGUGAGGCUGUCGAAGGAAUGAUUAACAAUUUCGGACAAACGCCAUCACAAUUGUUGCGCGAAGCUCAUCCAAAGCGGUUAACACAAGAUGAAGUAUUGGCAAAAUUAUAUCGCUUUGAAUUGAAAAAACCGGAUGUAACAGCAUUUCUCGAUCGAAUCGCUCAUGUCAAUUGUGAUUUUACCAGUGAAAAAGAUCCGAUUGUGUUUUUGAGCACGCCGCGCAGCCCACCGAGAUCAUUUUUACAAGCCAGUCCCGAUUUUUUGAUAUCAAUAUCGAGAAAUGCAAUUUUGGGAUGUAAUUCAUGGGUGGCACAGGAGAAGGAUAAAGGAUUCCUUUUGGAAGUUGACGCCACCACCACCAAUUUAAAGAAUCGUAAAAGAAUCAAUGGUCCAUUCCAUCCAUCGAUAAAUUUGCAUUCACGAAUGUUUGCGGUGAGUUUGGAUGGUCGUUACAUCUAUGCAGCUGGCUGCUGGGAUAAUUCAUUGAAAGUGAUAAGCGUAACUCGUGGAAAACCAGUUGCAUCCAUACAAAAACACCUGGACAUAAUAACGUGCAUUGCACUUGACAAUUGCGGUUCGUAUAUUGUGACCGGGUCACGAGAUUGUACAUGUAUUGUAUGGUCGAUAAGCAAUGGCACAUUGAAUAAUGUCGCAUCCGUAAAUCCGCCAACAACACCAACCCACAUAAAUCAUCAUCAGACAAUUGGUCAUAGUCAAAUGAAUACGCAAAAUAGUUUAACACCGCGACCAGUGAACACACUUUACGGUCACGACAAACCUAUAUCAUGCGUUGCCAUUUUCACCGAAUUGGAUAUGGUCGUUUCCGGAAGUGAAGAUGGCACAGUGAAUGUGCAUACAAUCAAAGAUGGACAAUUUGUGAGAAGUCUAUUGCCAAUUGAUUGUAGCGGGCCGUCAAUUAAUAUCACAUUCUUGGCAUUAUCGUAUCAAGGUCAUAUUGCUUUUUCGGCCGUCGAUGAUACAUCACAUUCGGUGCAUGUGUACAGCAUAAACGGUGCACAUUUGGGCUCAAAAUAUGUUUCGGGACGAGUGACUGGUUUGACAACGGCAAACGAUUAUCUUGUUGUAGCUGAUGAUGCUGGCGAUAUAACGAUGUCUCGUUUAUAUGGGCUCAAACCAGUUUUUGAUAUUCCGCUGCAUAUACCUAUCCAGACAAUUGUGGUUACACCCGGAAAUACGCAUUUAUUAGCGCCGUUGCGUGAUGGAAAAUUGGCGUGUAUUGGUGUUUCAACGCCAAAAACCACGAAAAACAAACAUUCCGUAUUAAGUGUAUAAAAUAUGUCAACACACAAAUGUGCAAUAUGUGUGUAUGAGCGCACUCGCGUGCGUGCGCGCGCUUGAUGUCGUGGAGUGCACCGAUUGAGAUACAUAAUUGAGAAUGAGAGAGAGAGAGAGAAAAAACAGCAGCAACUACAUUUUUUGUAUGUUUUCCAUUUGAUGAAUCUUGUUUUGAUAAAAAAGAAACACCAAAAUGAGCAAAUAACAACAAAUAAAUAAACAAACUAAUCAAGCAUAUGCCAACAUAAGUAUGAAACGAAAACGAUAAAAAAGCGAAUAUGUAAACAGUUAUGUAAUUUGAAUGAAAAAUCACACAGAGCCCAGAAUGCAAAGAAACCAAUUAAACGAAUUAAUUGUCACUACCGAGAGAUAAAUAUAUGUGAGUGCGUGUGUAUGUGCAUGUACAGCACCUGUUUAUCAUUGCACUCGAACGAAAAAUGCGAAAAAAAAACACACGGUUAAGAUGUUAUGAUUAUGAAUAGAAAUUCGAUAAAUAGGAAGAAUAAAGAUGUCAAUCGAUAAAAGGUUGCCGGUGCAGUGAUUCGGUGACAUUUCUAAAAAUUCUGCCAUUUAUUGGAAUUUACUGUGUAAUAUUUUAGAGACAAAAAAAUACCCUUAAAAAAUUGCAUCAAUAACAAAAAAAAAACAAAUGUGAAUCCCUUCAAGAAAGUAUUCCGCUGAAUUUCGUUAUAUUUACCAAUUUACCCGUUUAACGAUGAGUAUCAUAGAUAAUGUAAGGUCAAGUAGACAAGAAAAAAAUCAUCUAGAAUGUUCUAUUAGUCCCUUUUUAAUGUGCAAAACAAAAGUGUUGAAUAAAAGCGAAGAAAAUGUUUGUAUCUCAUUCAAUUACUAUA